AUGAUGAACUCCAACGAUAUCGUUCAUCAAGAGGAAGUGGAGAACUUAUGUAAAGCUGGCAAGUGGGCAAAAGUCCUUAAGAUGUACGAGGAAGAAAGGGAUCUUCGUACGGCCAAGAUAACUGCAACAGGAGACACCAUAUUACACAUGGCAGUGCAUAGUAAGAAAGAGCAUGUUGUGGAAUCAUUGGUGGACAUAGUUUGUGGUGGAGAGAAAAUGAAUGAGCAGGACAAGAAGCAGUCGGCGUCAGUUUCAUCGGUGGAUGAAAAUGGAGAUGAGAAGUCCGUCCUUAGAGUUCAGAAUGAAAAAGGUGACACUCCUUUGCAUUUAGCUGCUUCAAUAGGAAAUGCUGAAAUAUGUAAGAAGAUCAGCGGCGUAGAUCCCUCAUUAAUUGCCAUACCUAACGGCAAUGGCGAGACACCUCUCUUCAUGGCAGGUCUCGAUGGAAAUAGAAAAGCUUUUCUAUGGCUUCAUUAUCGGUAUAUGGAAAGCCCUGGAGUUUCUUCAACAGACUUUGAUCACUCUAUACUAAGGAGGAACAACGACGAUACCAUACUUCAUUGUGCACUAGAAGAAGGGCAUAUCGAUGUCGCAAUCGAAAUAGUUCACCUUUAUGAAGAUCAUUUGAAAGAGAUGAUCAAGCCCAAUAAGAAUGAGUUAUCUCCACUCCAUCUCUUGGCAGGAACCCCUUCAGCUUUCGAAAGUAAUGAUCUUCUUGAUCGAUCUUCCGUUGUUCAACUUCUUUAUCGCUGCCCUUUUAGAGUUAAGAGAAAGAAGCAUGCUACGACGAAGGAAGAAUUGGAACAACGUGAACGCGAACCACGCCUUGAGGCCCUCAUUAAACGAUUGAUUGUUCGUAUAGAUCGUUUUGUUGAUUAUCAUGAAACAUCCACUUGGGCGGGGAUUAGGAUUGCAAUUGGGAUUCUGCUGCUUCUUUUGGUGGUGAUACUGCUAUUCCCCCCAGCAUUUGUAGAAAUGCUGUUGCAUAAGAUACGAAACUUGAAGGAAAAGCACACAUGGUCUGUUCAAAUAGUGGAAAAACUUCUCCUGCAUGCUGCCCCUGAAGAUAUGUCAGCAAAUCCAUAUGAAAAGGACAGCGGGCCAGGGUCUAAAAUAGUUGACACACCCCUAAUGAUUGCUGCUAAGAAUGGUGUAAUAGAAAUGGUACAAAAGAUCCUAGAAUUUUUUCCAUCUGCAAUAAAAGUUGUAAAUGAAGAGAAAAAGAACAUAGUUCUAUUAGCGGCAGAAAAGAGGCAGACCAAGUUGUAUCGGAUUUUGCGUGGAAAUGAAAAGCUUGACAAAAGUGUAUUUAGUCGAGUGGAUAAAGAUGGAAACACUGCAUUGCACUUGGCAGCCAGGCUUGGGGUCCACCUAAAUUGGCAGACAACAACCAUGGUAGAGGAAUUCAAGUGGUUUGAGUUUGUGAAAAGGUCAGUGCCUUCUGAUUUGUGGGAGAUAUACAACAAGGAAGGGAAAACCGCAGAAGAAAUCUUUAGAGAGAGUUACAAGGAAUAUAUGACAAGCGAUAGAGAUUGGUUGAAUCAGACCUCGCAAGCAUGUUCUGUGGCAUCAACCCUAGUUGCGUCUAUGGCCUAUUCCUAUAUCGUGGCAGAGAAUUUCGAUGAAAAGAACUACCCAGCAAUUGUGGCCCUUUCCUUGUCCCUCACUUCCACCAUCUCUUUUCUGGGCAUACUUGCUUUUCGUUCUCAAUCUCUUAAAUUUUGGAAAUACGUUCCUUUCAUGCUUCAAAUUGCUAUUUUGACCAUGUUCGGCACCAUUGUUGCUUUGUGGAUCUCUCUCAUGCUCCUUGGCAAAUCUUUAACAACUUACGCAAUUCUUGGCUCACCAAUUGCCAUCCUUACCAUUGUCUCACUACCCAUCUUCAUUGGUCCUACGUUGAUGUCUUUGUUUACCAAGGUUCCACCCCCUGACCGCAGCACCACAAGUGCCAUCCGCUACCGAAGGCCCCAGAAAAAGGAAAACGAAACAGAUCCAAACUCGCAAAAUUAA